AUGCCUGAUGAUUCCACAGCAGUGAGAAUCGACGAGCAAACGAAACCCCCUGAAGGUGAUGUCGAAGAGGACUUAUUGGACCUAGAUGGCGAAGAGGUGCAAAGUCAACCGGAUCUGCAAAUCCACCAAGGAGACGAACCCUCGGAGCACCUGAAGGAUGAAGAGACAUGGAAAAACGCUAGAAGAAAAGAUAAUGAUGAAAUGCAAAGGUCAAGGUCGAGAUCGCCUCACAGCAAUGUUCACAGACGAAAGAAAUGGAUAAGAAACCGCACGGCAGAGCUCCUUCACCAAAUUAAGAAAUCAUCACGAAUGCCAAACCGAAUCUUCUCGCGCCAUAGCAGUUUGCGCGAAGGAGACCGCUUCCUGAGAUGUGCCUUCUGCGAAGUCAAGGGCCUACACUACAGUGACAGCUGUCCGACGUACAGAACAGCAAAAGAACGCCAGAGGAUGGUCAGAUGUACACGCUGUCUGGACACACUCCACCGAGCUUCGGAAUGCCGCAGACCGGUAAGGCGCUAUGGGUAUUGUCGCAAGGAAGAACAUCAUUCGGCCAUAUGCCCGCUACCAGAGCUGAAGGAUGCACUGGAAAAGGAAUACUUGAAUCUGCGUGAGGAACUGAAGAUAAUUGAGAACGACUUCAACUCCACAAUGUAA